AAAAGUAUCUCGAGCUCUGUACCUAAAUUGAGUAGAUCUUUACACCUUGUACGAGAUCAAGCAUAUGUGAAUGGAAAAUGGAUAGGAGCCAUGAAGAAAGAAAGAUUUCCCAUUUACAAUCCAGUUGAUAAAUCUGUGAUUACUUCUGUUCCUGAUAUGGAUGUUGAAGAUACUAAAUUAGCAAUUAAUUCAGCAUCCAAAACUUUUCUGUCGUUCAGAAAAACAACUGCAAAGGAAAGAAGCGAUUUACUUAGAAGAUGGUACGAUCUAAUGGUGAAACAUUCCGAUGAAUUAGCAGCGAUUUUAACAAUGGAAAAUGGGAAAUCUAUUGAUGAAUCAAAAGCUGAAAUCAAAUAUGGAAAUUCAUUUGUUGAAUGGUUUUCGGAAGAAGCUAGAAGAAUCGAGGGAGAGAUAUUGCAACCACCAAUACGUACUAGACAACUUUUUCUAUUUAAGGAACCAAUUGGAGUAGCUGCUUUAAUCACACCAUGGAAUUUUCCGCAUGCUAUGAUCACACGUAAAGCAGCUGCUGCUAUUGCUACCGGAUGUACCUGUGUAAUUAAACCUUCAGAAGAUACACCAUUAACUGCUUUGGCACUGGCUGAUCUUGCAGAGAAAGCAGGUUUUCCUCCUGGAACGUUGAACGUGAUCACAACAAGCUUGAAAAAUUCACCCGCUGUUGGCAAAGAAUUAUGCGAAAAUUCUGAUGUAAAAGUUUUAUCAUUUACUGGAUCGACACCUGUAGGGAAAAUUUUAUACAACCAGUGUUCUUCAAAUAUAAAGCGACUCAGUCUCGAAUUAGGAGGUAAUGCGUCAUUUAUUGUAUUUGAUUCAGCAGACUUAGAUUUAGCUGUGCAAGGUGCCAUGGCAAGUAAGUUCCGAAACUGUGGUCAAACAUGCGUUUCGGCAAAUAGAUUCUUUGUACACAGCAGUAAAUUCGACAAAUUUAUAGAAAUGUUUUGUUCGAAAAUGAAAAGUGAGAUUAAAAUGGGUGAUGGUAGUAAAAAAGGCAUUACACAUGGCCCUCUUAUUAAAGAAAGUCAGUUGAAAAUGAUACAUGGAUUAGUUACUGAUGCAGUAGAAAAAGGAGCAAAAGUGCAUUGCGGUGGGACACCAUUGCCAGACUUAGGGCCGUUGUUUUAUGCGCCCACGCUCAUGACAGAUGUUACUAAAGAAAUGAAUAUAUAUAAUAAAGAAAUAUUUGGCCCGGUAGCCGUCAUUCACAAGUUUGAAACGGAAGAUGAAGUUAUAGAUAAAUCCAAUGAUACACCUGUUGGUUUGUCCGGAUAUUUUUAUUCUCAAGAUCUAUCACAAAUAUUUAGGGUAGCAAAGAGAUUAGAAGUCGGUAUGGUUGGCGUAAAUGAAGGAUUGAUUUCUACUGCUGAAGCAGCUUUUGGCGGGGUGAAAGAGUCAGGUUUAGGAAGAGAAGGUUCUAAGCAUGGUGUCGAGGAUUUCCUUGAGAUAAAAUAUGUAUGCAUUGGAAACAUACAUUACUGAUGAGUAUUUUGUUGAACAAUUCACUCAACUAGCUGGCCUAGAGGUAUUGACCUAUUGUUUUUAUUCAGCGAAUCUUGCAAAUGCUCAGAAAUGAUAUAUUUUGAUAAUCAAUAUAGCAAGACGAAGUUUAUAAUACUUUUUUUGUAUAUAAUAAGAAUAAUUAAAUAAUGGUAAUGCAUUAUUUUAGCGCAAUGUAUUAUUAUUUAUAAAUCUGAA